AUGGGUGCUAGUCAGAGGGUGCACACGAAAAUGGAGAUGGAUGCAGGUAAGCACAAACCAAGAGGCUACACAAUGAGCAGCACCAAGAGGCUCCCCUAUCUGCUGCUGCUGCUGAUGGCCAUCGGCGCUGCCACGCUGAGCGUCGGCGUCCUGCACAAGAUGAGGGAGCGGCGUGUCUUCUCCAUCCUCCUCCAGGAACGCGAGCAGCAGCUCAUGUCACUCCAAGCCCUCCUGGAGAACGAAAAGGAAAUUAGUAAAGAGAUGAGGAGAAAAGUGGAUGAACUGCAAGCUAAAACGUCUAUCCUGAGUAUUGAGAGGACAGAACUGAAAAACAAGGUCAUGAAUUCAGAAACAACCACCACGUACCUCACCAAUACUCAGAAAGAAUUGGAGGCAGCUCUCGUGGAGAAAGAGAACCAUAUCAAUCAAAUGAAAGAGAUUGUAGCUACUUCAGGCCCUGACCAGAUGGUAGCUAUAAAGGAACUCCUGCAAAGAAAAGAAGAUGAGCUUGAAGAGAUCAAGACCAAGUUCCAGGACACCAAGAAACCAGACACAGAAGUCAGUGGCAAUGCUGUGUUAGGCACAAAUAAUGAAGAUGCAGCUUCUGAUACUGUAGCACUUGAGAAUUCUGCACGGUCUGGUGAUACCAAACCUGCUCCAACAGAAGAACAUCAGUUCUAUAACACCACUGCAUCAGAGAGCAACCACCAAGAGGAGAGAAUUGUAGUAAACACAAACAACGAAGACGUAAAUCCUGAUACCGUGAUACUUGAGGAAAAGCCAAACUCCAGUGAUUCCAUACCUGCUCCAGUUGAAGAACUGCAUUCCUACAACACCACUGCAUCCGAGAGCAGCCACCAAGAUGAGAGAAUAAUUGAUGGCACGAACAGCAAAGAUGUAACUCCUGACACUGUUGUGCUUGAGGAAAAGACAAACCCCAGUGGUUCCAUACCUGCUCAAGCAGAAGAACUGCAAUCCUACAGCACCACUGCAUCCGGGAACAACCACCAAGAAGAUAGUUCCUCAGAAGAACAGUUUAUAAAGUUCACAACUAACUUUGAAGAUGAUGCAUUACAAGCAAAAGCAGGUGAUGCCAAUCAAGGAGAUUCAGAUGCCCCUCCAAAUGAUGUGUUACAAGAGAAAACAGGUGAUGCCAAUCUAGGAGAUUUGGAUGCCCCUCCAAAUAAUGUGUUACAAGUCAAAACAGGUGAUGCCAAUCAAGAAGAUUCAGAUGCCCCUCCAAAGGGAACACGUUUAGAGGAAUCUGAGCUUCAUCAUUUGGCAAACAGUCAAGAAGUCGACAAAGAAGAACAGGAUGACGCAAGAAAAUUGGUGGACCCACAAGGCGAGGUCAGCAACCGCAGCAGUGAGAGUAAGCUGCUUGAGAAAGAAGAUGGCAGAGUUGAUAGAGAACCAGAGAAGGAAAUCAAACCUGAUGGUGACUCGAAGAUAUCAAAAGAUAGUUUGAGUGAAGCCAACCAAGAUAUAACACAAGUUGUGGAAACCAUGUCUGUUCCUGCAGAUGUAAACCCCAGCAUGCCCACAAAUAAAGAUGAAACAAAGGAAACAAGUAGGAGGCAUAGGAAGAGGAAGUCCAGAUCCAAAAGGAAGAAGAGGGCCGAUGUUGCUGCCAGCAAUGUUGAUGGAGAAGUCACCAAAGAGAGGUAGAUGCCACAGCGAAGUCAUGAAUGAAGUGCUGGGAUUUGGAAAAUCACUGCAGUACAGUGAUGGAAGGUACAGAAAGGCAGACUUGCAAAAGUAUUUCACAAGAGGCAAAACAUAGAUCAUUGUCAUAUUCUGAAUAGGCUCAAAAAAAAAAUGUAAAAACAAUAGUAUGCAACUAUAGUUAUCGAUUUGUAGCUCAUGGCAGCAUAAAUAAUUUUUCUUGGAUUGUGAACUUAAUAGUGCACUGUGUAAACUUUAUUCCUGUUAACACCUACCUGCAUGGUAGCUCUCUACAAAGUUCUUC